CUGUAUCUCGAUGUGAUGCUGGAGAACUUUGCUCUGAUAGCCUCCCUGGCAGGACACUGUGACCUUGGAUGACGUGGCUGUGUACUUCUCCUGGGAGGAGUGGGGCCUCCUUGACGACACUCAGAGAUGCCUGUACCAUCGCGUGAUGUCGGAGAACUUCGAACUUGUAUCAUCGCUGGGUUGCUGCUGUGGAGCAGAGGAUGUGGAGGCUCCCUUGGAACAGGUCAUCUGUGUGGAUGAGUCCCAGGUCAGCUCCGCCAGGCAUCCUUCAUCUUCAAGGAAGACCCACCCCUGUGACAGGUGCGGCCCAGCCAUAAGGGACAUUUUCUGCCUCCUUGAGCACCAGGGACCACAGCACAACCGGAAUGUGUUCAGGUGUAGGAUGUGUACAAAACAGUUCUGUUUUGAUGGAAACCUCCAGAAACACCAGGAGCAGCACUUGGGAGAGAUGCCUUUGAAAAGCAUGGUGGAUAGCACCUCACUGGUGGAGAGCUUGGAUUUCCACAGCUCAGCAAAGCUGGUUCCCCAAGGAGACGAUGGGGAGGACUUCCUGGUGACCUUGAAUCAUCUCCAACAAGAGGCCACUCACCCCAGGGAGACACCAGGCCAAGCCUCCCCGGGCAGGGAAGCUCUACAGAGCCCAGAAAGGGAUGAGACCGGGGGCACACGCAGAAAAGCCUGGAGGCCCGAGCACACACUUGUUCAGGAUCAGGUUGUGCACACUGGUAGACCAUGUCUUGUGUGCAGGGAAUGUGGGAAAGCAUUUGACAGCAAAUCUUCAUUUGUCGUUCACCAGAGAGCUCAUAUUGGACAGAAGCUUUACGACUGCGGUGAAUGUGGUAAAUCCUUUAGGCGCAGCUCAAACCUACAUAAACAUCAAAGAAUUCAUAGUGCAGAAAGGACUUACAGCUGCAGUGAGUGUGGGAAAUCUUAUAGGGAUAGAGCCCAGUUCGGUCAGCAUCAGAGACUUCAUACUGGAGAACGGCCUUACGAGUGCACUGAAUGUGUGAAAUCGUUUCCCUGCAGCUCCAGGCUCCUCUCUCAUCAGAGAGUUCACACAGGGGAAAGGCCUUACACCUGCAGUGAAUGUGGGAAGUCUUUUUCAUACAGCUCGACACUCAGACAACACCGGAGUGUCCACACAGGAGACAGGCCUUAUGAGUGCAGGGAAUGUGGGAAGUCCUUUAAGCGAAGAGACCACCUUCUCAUACAUCAACGAGUUCACACGGGAGAAAGGCCUUAUGAGUGUGCUGAAUGUGGGAAGUCCUUUACUUGCAGCUCAACACUCAAAGAACACCAGAGAGUUCACACAGGAGAAAGGCCUUAUGUGUGUGGUGAAUGUGGAAAGUCCUUUCAACAAAGAAAUUAUCUUCUUAUGCACCGGAGUGUUCACACAGGGGAAAGACCUUAUGAGUGCAGCGAGUGUGGGAAGUCUUUCAUCUAUAGCUCGGUUCUCAGAGAGCACUGGAGGGUUCACACGGGGGAGCGACCUUAUGAGUGCUCUGAAUGUGGGAAAUCUUUUACCUCCAGCUCAACACUCAGAGAGCACUGGAGAGCUCACACUGGAGAAAGGCCGUAUGAGUGCACUGAAUGUGGAAAAUCCUUUAGCCGCAAAUCUUUCCUUUCCCACCAGAGACUUCAUUCUGGAGAAAGGACAUACGAGUGCAGCGAAUGCAGGAAAUCUUUUACCUGUAGCUCCGCACUCCUUACUCAUCAGAGAAUUCACACGGGAGAAAGGCCUUACAAGUGUAGCGAGUGUGGGAAAUGUUUUACUCAGAGCUCAUCCCUCACGGAGCACUGGCGAGUCCACACGGGAGAAAGGCCAUUUGCGUGUAGUGAGUGUGGGAAGUCCUUUACCCAUAGCUCCACGCUCAGCAAACACCGGCGAGUUCACACAAGAGAAAGGCCUUAUGAAUGCAGUGAGUGUGGGAAAGCCUUUAACCAAAGCUCUGCACUCUAUUUACAUCAGAGAAUUCACACUGGAGAAAGGCCUUAUGAGUGCAGUGAAUGUGGGAAAACUUUUACGCACAUCUCUGCUCUCCGCCUACAUCACAGAGUUCACACUGGAGUAAGGCCUUAUGAGUGCAGUCAGUGUGGGAAGUGUUUUAGCCAAAGCUCUAAACUUCGUCAGCAUCAGCGACUUCACAUUGUGUCUAGGCCUUAUGAGUGUAGUGAGUGGAAAAUCCUUUGCUGAUGUUGCCACCUUCUUAAACACAGAUCGCAGUGGAGAGAGGCCUUAAACAUAGAGUGAACCUAAGUGCUCAUACUUGGGGUAUUCCUUGAGCUUCCAGUGAUCGUGCUGCAUCAAGAUGUAUGAGGGCAGUGAAUGGGGAAAUCCUUUUACCAAAACACCCUCGAGAGCUCAGUGCAAGGAAAGAUGGUAGAAGUGUAGCGAAUGUUUGAAAGCCUUCAGUUUUAUCAGAUGCUACAAAUUCACACACAAAAGAUCUGUGUGCUGGUAAUGUGUCAUUUACUGUUGGGCGUGUUGGCGCUGGGGAUUUGCCUUAUGAAUAUCCCGUGUGCCUACAUUGAACACGCACGUAUGAAGCCAUUGAGAUGUCAGGUGUGGGCAGCUGUAUUACGUUUCAAGGGCCCUCCCCAGGCAGUCACGCCACUUUCACAGCAUAGUCCUCUCACUUGCAGUGGGGGGCAGGUGCUCACAGUCCGCCCCGACCCAGCCUAGUGUGUCCAGGGUGUUGGCCUGGGUGUUCUGUUGGUGUGCAGCUUGUAAGAAACUUGAGCUCUUGUUCCUCUCUCCUUUCUCUGAUUUAUCACUAACCAGAGAUUUCUGGUUGGAGGAUCCAAAACUAGAAAAGUGACUAGAAAAGUAGCUGAUGAUUUUCAGGGAUGCUGCUCUCACAUGGCUCCUGUGGUGGAAUUUCCCAGCGUUUGUCACUGACCCAAGAAAGGUUUGUCCCCUGCUGGCUCUGGUUUACAAGGAAACAAAGGACUUUAUUUAGCCACUUUCGACCUUGGGGUUUCUGGUCACUAUUUGAGAUGUUUUUAAAACAGCUAGGUCUAACUUGAAGAGAUACAGAUUUGUCAUUACUUUAUGGUCUUCUUAUCUUCUGAGAGCGGUAUAGUGCAGACCUUGUUUGCUUUGCUACUGUUUCUGCGAGAAAGCCGUCAGGGCCUGGUGGCUCUCAUUUGAGGCCUCUGUGUUAUUGUAGGAGACCCCAGCAACCCCGAGCAGGGCUCAGCUCUGACAGUUUGACUUUGUAGGAACAGCAUGACUCUUCCCCUUGCUCACAGUGACUUUCGGAGACUGGGUGCUGUUGAGAGGUCGCCUUCCCGCAUCCCAGCUA